AGAAGAUCUUGGAGAUGUCCAUUAAAGUCAUGUCCACAGCUCGACCCACAGCCAUAUUUACCUCCAGGAUGCUACAAGUCAAAGCUCUUCCAUCUGCAAUGGCUGACAAUAUGCAAUAGAGAGGCUGGAUCUAACCCACCUACGAUUAUGGGCGAAAUGUGAUUCUGUUAUUACACCAGAUUAGAUGUGUGAAUAUUGCUGUUGAGACAACUUAGUUUACCUCACAGAAUGAAUAAAGCAUCCAUCCACUGAGAUCCAGCUGUCAUUCUGUCUAUUAAAAACAUCACAAUUCAAAUUAAAACAAUUGUAGCAGACACAGAUGCAUGAACAAAAUGUGACGAAGAGACAGGUGCCCAGAUGAAGUCUGCCUUUGCUUGGGCCCCAGGCUGCCUUUGGAUUAAAUCUGAGGUAGGUACUUGGGAACAAUACAAUGGUCUUUUCUCACUCCGUCUAAUCCUUGUUGGUAUUGCAAGCGCUUUCAUAUGACUGCACAGAGAAAAAGAGAGAAGCGUCCCGAAGAAAUAUUCUUUUGCUACCGACCACAGAAAAGAAUAAAGAGAAAUGUCAACUCCUCCACCAACCUCUUGUGAGUGGAUGCUCCUGGUUGAACAGAAGAAUAUAAAUGUUCGGGUUACGAGCAUGGACGCUGAGCUGGAAUUUGCCAUCCUGCCCAGCACCACUGGCAAACAACUUUUUGAUCAGAUAGUGAAAACAAUCGGGCUGAGGGAAACAUGGUUCUUCGGUCUCCAGUACCAGGACAGCAAAGGCUUCUCUACUUGGCUAAAGCUCAACAAAAGGGUGACUGCUCAAGAUGUGAAGAGGGACAACCCUCUGUUGAUAAAGUUCAGGGCAAAGUUUUACCCUGAGGAUGUUGCGGAAGAACUCAUUCAGGAGGCAACACAACGUCUCUUCUUUCUGCAGGUGAAAGAAAGCAUCCUAAAUGAUGACAUUUAUUGUCCACCUGAGACUGCCGUCCUUUUAGCCUCGUAUACAGUUCAAGUCAAACAUGGAGACUACAGAAAAGACUAUCACGUUCCGGGCUACCUAACCAGAGAGAAGCUGCUUCCCCAAAGGGUUUUAGAGCAGCACAAACUGAAUAAAAAUCAAUGGGAGGAAAGAAUUCAAGUGUGGCAUCAAGAGCACAAGGGAAUACUACGGGAGGACGCCAUAGUGGAGUACUUGAAGAUAGCCCAGGAUCUAGAAAUGUAUGGGGUCAACUACUUCAGCAUCAAGAACAAGAAAGGAACUGAGCUGUGGUUGGGAGUGGAUGCCCUGGGCCUCAACAUAUAUGACAAAAAAGACAAGCUGACCCCAAAGAUUGGUUUCCCCUGGAGUGAGAUCAGAAAUAUUUCCUUCAAUGACAAGAAGUUCGUCAUCAAACCUAUUGACAAGAAAUCUCCGGACUUUGUUUUCUAUGUACCCCGCCUUCGUAUCAACAAACGCAUCCUGGCGCUGUGUAUGGGAAACCACGACUUGUACAUGCGCAGACGCAAACCGGACACCAUUGAAGUGCAGCAGAUGAAGGCCCAGGCGAGAGAGGAGAAGAAUAAGAGGCAGAUGGAGAGGGCUCUGCUUGAGAGUGAGAAAAAAAAGCGUGAAAAUGCUGAGAAGGAAACAGAGAAGAUUGCUCGCGAGACCAUGGAACUGAUGGAGAGAUUGCGACAGAUUGAAGAGCAGACAAAGAGAGCUCAAGAUGAGCUCGAGGAGCAGACUCGCAGGGCGCUUGAGUUAGAGAAGGAAAGGACACUUGCGCAGGAGGAAGCUGAGAUCCUGGACAAUGACCACAAGGCUGCCAUGCAGGCUAAAGAAGCCCUGCUACAACAUCCUCAGUCUGAGAUGAAGAGUCAGGAAGAGCUGGCCACUGAGCUGGCAGAGCUUACGUCGAAAAUCUCCCAGCUGGAAGAAGCCAAGAAGAAAAAGGACGAGGAGGCAACGAGAUGGCAGAAAAGGGCAAUGAUGGUAGAAGCUGAUUUAGAGAGGACCAAAGAGGAGCUGAAGUCGAAAAUAAUGGGAAUCCACAUCCAGGAUUCUGUACACCCUCACAUGCAUGAUCACGACGAGACGGAUGAGAGCAGUGCGGAGGCGAGUGCUGAGUUAAUGUCUCCCGGCACGGUACGCGACCGUAGUGAGGAGGAAAGAGUUACUGAGGCCCAGAAGAACCAGAGACUUCAGAAAAACUUGAAGUUCCUGAGUACUGAGCUUGCUCGAGCUGUAGACGAGAGCAAAAAGACCCCAAAUGACCUGAUCCAUGCUGAGAAUGUCAAGGCCGGCCGUGACAAAUACAAGACCCUACGUCAGAUUCGUCAGGGCAACACCAAACAGCGUAUUGAUGAAUUUGAGUCCAUGUAAGAAAUGUCCGUUGACGGACUGAAUGAUCAACUGAAUUGGAUUAAGAAACUGAGAAGUAGAGCAGUAUUGAAUUGAUAACAGUGUAGGAUCUCAGAACGAAUGAAUAGAAUUAAUAUAACAAUAUACUGUUACUAUCCUUGAUUUCGAUUUUUCAUUCACUUACUGCAAAUGUACUGCAAAUAUACUGUAAUUAUAAUGUUGGGUACGCUUGCACAUUCUAAUAAGAGCCAAUAAAAAAUGUUUAGCAAAAUGACGAUGCAUAUAAAAUUUGUGUAUUGAAUGGCAUUGUAAUGUACCAAUUACAUUAGCCAUAGACCAAGCUUUAUUGCAUCAAACCUUUAAUCCAAAUAAAUUUCAAUCCCACAUA